UUGAAUUGUGCGUUCAAAUAUUAUUGUUUAGAGUGUUUGAAGUUGUCUUAGAAUGUCGUGUUGAAAAUAAAAACUAGGAAAUAAUGCAAAAUGCCUCGAAGCCCGAAUACCAGUCUGAGCAUAGUACAAAAGUCGCCGAGGGUGAAGAAAUCUCCAAAACCGAAACAGGAAGACGUAUCGCCGAAAAAGAAGGACAACACCAUCAGGUCGUACCUGGUGCCGCCCAGCUACCCGAACCAGGGCGUGGUGUACGUGUCCAAACAUGUCAGGGAGAACGAAUUGCGCAAACUCAAUAGCUUGAAGGAGGACCUGCAUAAUGUCAAAAACCUCCUGGAACAAAUUGACAUCAAUACGCUACCCGAUGGCGGUGUGAAGUACAUAGAGCGUCUCACGGGACUCGAGGCGGAGGUUCGACGCCAGGGAGACAAGGUCGCCAAUAUGAUCGUAGAGCCAGAGAACCCAACUGUCGACGAUGUUAAGAACGAUGGCUUCGAAAAGGGUCUCACUUGGGACGAAAUACAGAAAGCCAGUAAUGCGGUGCAACCCAGGAUGUUCGGCAAACAAGCGAUGUCGACUCACAUGGCCGAGCGGAACCUGAUCCUGGAGCGGCUGCGCGACCUGCACGAGUCCCUGGCGUCGCGGCCGCCGGAGUCGGAGCUGGCGGCGGCGCCGGCGGGCGUGGCCACGCGCCUCAUGCCGCACCAGCUGCACGCGCUGGCCUGGCUGCGCUGGCGCGAGACGCAGCGCCCCGCCGGCGGCAUACUCGCGGACGACAUGGGUCUCGGCAAAACGAUAACAAUGAUAUCGCUGAUAGUGAGCGACAAGGAGAAGAACAUAGACGAUGAUGACUCCGACGACGAGCGACCUGGGAAAGGGGGCAAGUUGCAUUCCGGAGGCACGCUGGUCGUCUGCCCAGCAUCCCUGAUGCAGCAGUGGGCCGGGGAAGUGACCCGGCACUGCGCCCCGCAUGCCCUGCGCGUGUUGUUGCACCACGGACCUUCGAGACCCACGCAGCCGCAGCGACUCGCCGGGUACGACCUCGUCGUCACCACGUAUAACAUACUGCAGAGGGAGGAUGAGAAGACGGGCGUGCUGAUGCGCCUGCGCUGGCGGCGCGUGAUCCUGGACGAGGCGCACAUCGUGCGCAACCACAAGGCGGCGACGUCGCUGGCGGUGUCGGCGCUGCGCGCGCGGCGGCGCUGGUGCCUGACGGGCACGCCCGUGCAGAACAAGGACCUCGACCUCUUCGCGCUCAUCAAGUUCCUCCGGUGCACGCCCUUCGACGACCUUACGAUGUGGAAGAAAUGGAUCGAUAAUAAGAGCUUGGGCGGGCAGGAGCGGCUGAGUACCGUGAUGCGGUGCCUGCUCCUGCGCAGGACCAAGCAGCAGCUGCAGCAGCGAGGACAGUUGUCGUGUCUGCCUGAACGUGACACCCACCAGCGACACGUCACGCUCACCAAGCAGGAAAUGAACGUCUACCAAAAGGUGUUGGUGUUCUCCAAGACGCUGUUCGCUCAGUUUCUUCACCAGCGCGCGGAGAAGAACUCGGAUGCGCUCGGCGUCAUUCAGCCCGACAAGGAGAGCGACUACAACAAGAUGCACAAGAAAAUGAUCGCCUUGCAAGGUGCCAAACCAGUAAAAUCCCACGAGAUCCUGGUACUCCUGUUACGUCUGCGGCAAGUUUGCUGCCACUGUGGACUCAUAGCGGCCAUGCUCGACGAGGAGGGCGCCGGCGAGGUGGAGGAGGACCCUGCAGGGAAGGACCUCCUCGCCGAACUGAACAAGCUAUCACUCGAGGACUCCGCCAAGAAGAGAAGGAGUGGUCAAAAUCACGAGCCUGAGGAAGAGGAGGGACCUGAGGAGGGCACCACGGCAGCCGAGGCGAUCAGAUCCGUGCUGUCGCCAAACAACCCGGUGUUCGAGCUGGACAAGCCCUCGUCCAAGAUACAGGCUGUCAUGCAGUGCCUUAAUGAGAACGUGUUUGUUAACAAAGGUCACAAGGCGGUGGUGGUGUCGCAGUGGACGUCGGUGCUGCGGCUGGUGGAGCGCGAGCUGGUGCGCGUGCGCGUGCGGUGCGUGACGCUGAGCGGCGCCGUGCCCGUGCCCGCGCGCCCGCCGCUCAUCAACGCCAUCAACGAUCCCAACUCCGAUGUUAGGGUGAUGCUACUAUCCUUAUGCGCGGGCGGUGUCGGUUUGAAUCUGUGCGGGGCAAACCACCUGUUGUUACGACCCCAUUGGAACCCACAGCUGGAGGAGCAGGCGCAGGACCGCAUCUACCGCGUGGGACAAACCAAGCACGUGCACAUAUACAGGUUCAUGUGCGUGGACACAGUGGAGCAGGCCAUCCGCAAGCUGCAGCAGGCCAAGCUGGACCUGGCAGACAACAUCCUCACCGGCGCGCGGCACACCAACGCCUCCAAACUCACCAUCGAGGACCUCAAGAUGCUGUUCAAUAUGGGACCUCAGUAGAUAUUCUCUAGACAUUUCGGACCGGCCGCCUUGUUAGAUUGGUGAGGACAAUGGCUGCGAACUUAUGCGAGGCUCUCGAUAGGUCUUUUUGCUAAAGGAGCGUAAUUUUUUUUGGUUCCUUGCAAGCGCUUGGGCGGUUCCUCAGUUCUCCACACCUCUUGUCAAUCGACACUAGACACUACUCCGCUUACCAUCAGGUGUAAUAGUGGCACUAAGACAUGGUUAAAACAAAUACCCUAACUCUCAUUUAGACAGCUCUAUUAUGGCUAGGAAUAAUAUUACGCAAUUAUUGCAUUAAAAAAUUGCCCCGUCUGAAUGAGCAAUGGCGGAGCAAUUCUUGCCCUUGUUGAUUACAUGAGACAGAUGUUAUUGCCAGCAAUAAUUGUUCCGUCUAAAUGAGGCCUUAGGGUGAGUACUGUGCCAUACAUUUCAGUAAUUGAUUUGGUGGUCCUGUUUAGGGCAGUUUGCCAUAAAGCGAGGAUCCUACUCGUCUAAGAUAUUUUAAUGUUCGCAGAGGUUUUACUUUGUCAGAUUUCGUCUGUUGGUCAUGCCCACCUGCGAUACCAAUAAUGUUAAAAUGUAUAUUUUUAAGUAAUAUGUAAUUUUGC